AUGGAGAGGCUUUUGAAGCGUGUGGGGUUGCUGGGGGAGCAGGGGCCCAAGACCCACGACAAGAGCGAAAUAUGCGGUGUGGGGGAGUGUGGCAGUGGGGAUAGCUCAUGUCCGACAAACGCUGAUUUGGAAUUCGCCUCGGCAGUGACGCCGAAGACGGUGACUGUGACGUCCGCGGAUGAGGAUUUUGGUGCGGCUGGUGGGAGCGACACGGUGGCGGUGGGAUCAUCAUUUAGUAGUGGGAUGGACAAGCACCUCCUGGCGGUGGCUCGGGCCUCCGAAUUUUCUGCGUUAAAAAGAUUGGAGCUCUGCCAGCAGGAACUCCUGCAGCUGCAGAGGAUGUGGGAUUUGGACCGCGAAACGCAGCGUUGGACCGUCGCCUCGCUGCGGGAAGAAGUGCGGCAUCUCCAAAAGCAGUUGGAGCAACAGCGCCUCUGCGGGUGGAUGCAACGUACACGCGAGAAGGCCAUCGUGACGAGGAAUUUGUCAACGUCCCCUGAAAGUGGGGUUGGUGCAUCUUUGCGGCAUACGGCCGAUAGGGAGGCGGGGCGGGCGAAUAGCGUUUUUGAGGCCUCCGCAACGAGCGGCACGGGGGAUGCUUCCGCUCGUGCAGAGGAGACAUGCCUGGGCCGUUCCUCUGGCGGUCAACGCACACACGCCGUGGGUGCGUCGAGUGGCGCAGAGGAAGUAGAGGAUAGUUUGGAGUUUUACGGACUUCUUCUGCACGAUGCCAACGGGGAAUGUGGCGAGUUGCAGGCUGAAUUAUCUCGUGUAGUGCGACGACUACAUGAUGAACGUCGCUUUUUUGUUCAACAGAUCUCGUCUUUGUUGCGUGAGAAGGAAGAGAUGGUCCGCGAACACGCCACGACGCUGGCACAUCUGGAUGAAACCAAGGACCUUUUAAUGGCUGCACGUGCAGCGGAGAGGGCGGCGCUGCGACGUCUUACGGAGAGGUGCCCGGGUGAAUCCGCCCGAGUGUACGGUGGGCGGACAGCAGACGGAGGGGAGAUGGGGACGGUCUACUGCUCGCGCUGUGGCUGCUCUUCCACCGCUUGCAGUGAAUUGUUGCGCAGCUCAGUGGAUUUUUCAGUGGAGCGACACCACUGCAACUCUCUUGCCGUGCGCCAGAGCGCACUGGAGGAGGAGGUGUGUAUUCUAGAGUGUGAGGUGGAGCGCGACACCCGGAACGCGGAGGGGCUGCGCCGCGUCCUUGAACGCCUUAUCGACGAGGUGGACGUCCACGUUCGUGGCUGCCGCGCUGCCAACAAAGACAUCGUUGGUUGUCUGCGCGAGAUUUCGCUGCUGUGGCUUGCAGAGGGGGACGAGAAGGACGAUGAGGACGAUGAGCACAAGAGUGAUGACGGUAUGCCGCCGUCACUGCUGCUGCUAGGUGGCGAUGGGCCGGAUGGCGACAGCAGCCCGGAGUGUGCACCAUCAUCGGCAGUCCGCUCACAUCUUCUGUCGGCAUCAUGA